AUGGCAACAACAUCAAUUAGACAGAAAUGUUUCUCAGAGGAUCUCUGGGAUAAGUUUGAUUGUGUUGUCAAACGAGUUGGAAAUGGCAAACAGUUCACCAAUAUGUUGAGCAAAUUCCUUUUGAAACAACAACAGAUUGAGUCAAUGUAUGGAAAGAGUUUGAACAAACUAUGCAAGGACAAGACAUUCUGUUCUGAUAUGGAGAUUGGGGACCAGUUGGAGUAUAUUGCCAACUUACAUGAGGAGUUCUCUCACAACUUGGAGACCCUGAUUGUCGAGGGUAUCGACGCCUACAUCCAAGAAUCAAGGAAACAGAGAAAGACCUUGAUCGCAACUGGUGAGCGACUUACAAAGGACUUGAGGACGGCAGAGGGUAAUGAGUUGAAGGCCAAACAGAAUUAUGAGAAGUUGAAGCGUAAGCAGGAGGAAGCCAAUGAGGAUCUGUCAAGACAACCUCCAGGCGCAAAAGAACAAAAGGCUAGAAAGAACUUGGAGACCGCUACAAAGACCGCGGACAAAGCCGAUGCAGAGUACAAAGACAAUGUAAAGAUAUUACAACAGAACCAGGCCAAAUUCUAUCACGACGAGAUGCCCAAGAUCCUUGAUGAUCUCCAGCGCUUCGAAGUCGAUCGCAUCGAUCGCACCAAAGACUGGUUGUCCGAGGUCAUCCGCAACGAGGAGAUCAUCCCGCCACUUGUAACCGCCGCGAAUGAGAUCAUUAGAAAGUCGAUUGAUAGCAUUGACAGAGAGAAGGACUUACAAUCAUUCAUUUUGGACAAGACGUCGGGAGCGCAGAAGCCACCCGAGACACAGUAUGAGCCGUACCAGGCGUCGAACCCGCUCGCUACAUUCUCGAUGCUCAUGUCACCGAGCGCCAGUGGAUCGCCAAUGCAUAUCUCUGCCAACGACAUUGCCAAUCUACAGCGUAGAAGUCUCCACUCGUCGACAUCGUCCAGCAACAGCACAGAGUCCAACAGGAGUUCGCUGCAGGGCGCGUCGACCUCGCCAGAGUCGGGCGACACUGUGCGCGCACUCUACGACUACGUGGCCACUGAAGAGAAUGAGUUGUCGUUCAAGGCCAACAACAUGAUCAAGGUGAUGCAGCGCGAUGUGUCGGGCUGGUGGCAGGGCACGAUCGUGGGUGGCGAUGGCAAGGUCGGCAUGUUCCCGUCCAACUUUGUCGAGUGUCCCGACGCCAUCAAGAAGAAGGACGUCGCCGGCGGCAAAUGCAAGGUGCUCUACGACUACCACUCGGACUGCGAUGGCGAGCUGGAGAUCAAGGAGGGCGAGACCCUCACCAUCGAGUAUGAAGACGAAGGUUGGUUUUACGGCUCCAACGAGACUGGCACCGCAGGUCGCUUCCCAUCCAACUAUGUACAGCUAGUUCGGGUGUGA